AUGACAGCACCCAAGACUUGGGCAAUCAUAGGCGCCUCCCGGGGUAUCGGCAAGGAAUUUGUUGACCAGCUGCUUGCGCGAGGCGACCAAGUCAUCGCGACAGUCAGGGAGCCAAGUCUAGCGCAAUCCAGCGCGGAUUGGCAAGGUCAGGAGCGAUGUUCGAUCUACACCUGUGAUAUGCUAAGUGAACAGAGCAUUGAUGUAUAAAUUCAUCCUUCUCUGACUUGCGUUGCUUAGGCUGGCUGGCUGGCUGGCUAAUUCUUGGAUAGGACUUGGCUCAGCAGUUGCUCGAAGACUCUACAACACGGAUCGACUAUUUGGUCUUGAACGCUGGCGUGUUGAAGUAUCCGAACGUAGCUCCCACAACCACUCUGAGUUCAUGAUAAGUACUAACUGUUUCCCAGCGAGCAACGGAAAUCUCCUAUGAUGACUUCACCUUCCACCUCCAAACCAACACCAUCGGACCCAUCAUCUGCGCUCAAAGACUUCUCAAGAGUAACAUCUCCAUUGACACCAUCACUUUCAUCUCCAGUGAUUCCGGGUCCGCCCAGAAAUUUCGGGAAAUGGAAGAUGGGUUCGCGGCUUAUGCCGCAUCAAAGGCUGCGUUGAAUCAAAUGCUCCGCCAUAUGGCAGCGGAGUUGAAACGUAAAGGAAGCAGAACGACUGUGAUUGCUCUUCAUCCUGGUGAGGUCAAAACAGACAUGGCAGAUGUGGAUCUCGGCUGGGAUGUGGAGGGCCAGAUGACGCCUACGGAAAGCGUUUCUGCGUGUAUUGCUGUGGUUGAGAGCAAGACGCCCGAAGAUAGUGGUACGUUCUGGACUUGGGAGAAUGAGGUAUGUCGGUCUGAUGUGAGUAUUCGUCUCCGGCCGUGCUGACUUUGAGUAGCGUUAUCCUUGGUGA